UUAAAAUAAAAUGAACACUGGAAACGGAAAACGCCAAAAUCCUACCUUUUCUCCCACCCAGACUUUAGCCGGAAGUCCACCGCCCCCAGCGUACCGGCUGGGGGGCGUGGCUGGCGACCCCCACGGCCCUCCCCUUCCGGCCCCAGGCCCCUCCUGGGCGCCGUCUCCCGGCAACCGCCCCAACAGCCGGUCCCGCGGCCAUGCUGGGCGCAGCGGAGCCGACCCCGCGGGCUUCGCCACCGCCGCUGCCGCCCUGCGCCCUCCGCGGCCUCUGCGCCUGGCUGGACGGGCUCCCGCUCAGCCGUCCCAAGCGCCACCUGGCCCGGGACUUCAGCGACGGCGGAAAGUCUUUCACAAGCUGCGUUUGUGGGUCUCAGAGACGGAUAUCCGAAAGGUGGUGGCCAACACGCCCGGAGCCAUCGAGCCCAUCUUGUGUGCACUGAGAGAAAAAGUGACGGAUGGUGCUGCCCACCAGUACCUGCUUGACCCGGCCGGCCCAGGACCCUCUGGUGGGAUUGCUGACAGACCACAGGCAGAGCUCACCGCCUCUCUGCACACGGGCUUGCCGGGCCCCGUGGCACCCUCCAGUGCGAAGACCCCACAGAGUCCGAGGACUCCAGAGAAAACAGGCCGCUGUGUGUGCACGGGUUGGGACCCAGCUGGUGGACCCUGGGGGCACCUGGACUCCAGAGUACAGCAACUACUGGAGGAAAAGGAGCAGGCACUGGCCCUCCUGCAGGAGAUGGUCAAGCUCUGGCACCCAGCGUGCUGCUUUCAGAGACGUGUGCUUUCCUGAAGAUUUUGCAGAUGAAGGUGGUCAGGCUGGAGCACCUGGUAAAGCUGAAGGACCAGCGGAUUGGAGAGCUGACGAGAGCCGCGGGCGAGCCCCAGUGACCAAGAGUGGCAGCGGAGAAAGGCUCCUCCGAGAGGCUCGAGGGGCCACCCCUCCCAAGUCCACUAAACCUUGGACUUGAGCCCACACAGAACUCCCCCAGACCAGGGGUCCUUCUGCUUGUGGCUGUGCGCUGUCCAGCAGGCGCAGAGCGGGGACACCCAUGUACAGAGUGCUUCAGGGGGCCUCGGUGUGUGGACAUCCACGCAGUGGAGGCCGGGGGUUCCAGCCCACCCCAGAGACCUGUUUGGAUAUGAAGACCUGGUCUCGUUCCCUUGA